AACGACACUUGCUUGAGCGUAGGUACACUUUUAUUUUGCAAAACGUGAACCGGAAACGAGUCAUCUUCAGUUAGCUAUGGCUUUCUCCCCUACUCAUCCAAAAGUUUUAUUUACGACGUAACUCAAGAAAAUGAGCGCUUCUUCUAACCAGAGGACGUUGUUUCAGACGUGGGGUGCGUCCGCGCCUCCAAACAACGUUGUUCGGUCUCAAAAAGAAGGGGAAAAAACCGCUCGACGGCGCAAAGCGAGCCAAAGCGCCACAGUGCCGAGACCUUCUGCUCCAAAUCCACUAUGGCCUGAGCUCGGCUCUUUAAAGCCAACAGACGCUCCUACAGAGAGAGUUCACACAACACAAACUCCUAAACCUGCUGCUUAUGAAGAUGAAGAUGACGACCUCAUGGUGGUCGCUGUCACGGAAGCCGAAGAGAACCUCCAACAUGACAAUGGCAGCUUAUUCCAUUUGGAGAGGCCCAUGUCUCCUACUCCUUCAGCUGGGAAGAUCCCUUAUCCAGACUUCCCUGGUUUUGACAGCUCCUCUGCGGCAGUGUGGAUUUAUCCCACUAACUACCCACUCAGGGAGUACCAGCUCAACAUAUCGAGGACCGCCUUGUUUCAAAACACACUCGUGUGCCUUCCCACAGGUUUGGGAAAGACGUUCAUCGCCGCAGUUGUCAUGUACAACUUCUAUCGUUGGUAUCCAUCCGGGAAAAUCGUGUUCAUGGCCCCCACCAAACCACUAGUGGCCCAGCAGAUUGAGGCUUGCUACAAAGUGAUGGGCAUUCCUCAGGACCACAUGGCCGAACUGACUGGCAGCACAGCGGCCCUCCGGAGGCAGGAAGUGUGGCGGUCCAAGCGCGUGUUCUUCCUCACGCCUCAGGUGAUGAUGAACGACCUGUCCAGAGACACCUGCCCGGCCAUGCAGGUCAAGUGUCUGGUGAUCGAUGAGGCCCACAAGGCCCUGGGCAACCAUGCCUACUGUCAGGUGAUCAGACAGCUCAGCAGUCAGACUCUGCAGUUUCGCGUACUAGCCCUUAGCGCCACUCCAGGAGGAGACACAAAGUCCGUGCAGUCGGUGAUCGCCAAUCUGCUCAUCUCGCACAUUGAGCUCCGCUCGGAGGAAAGCCCGGACAUCCUGGCCCACUCGCACCAGCGCAGCGUGGAGAAAAUGGUGGUGCCACUGGGGGAGGUGCUGGCUGCCCAGCAGGCUCGCUACCUGCAGGUGCUGCAGAAGUUCAUGUCUCGUCUGGUCCAAAACCAAGUGAUGGCACACAAGGAUCUACAGAGUCUCUCCAAGUACCAGCUCAUCCUUGCCAGGGACCAGUUCCGAAAGAACCCACCAACCCACAUCAAGGGACCACAGCAGGGAAUGCUGGAGGGAGACUUUGCCCUUUGCAUUAGCCUGUAUCACGGCUAUGAGCUACUCAUGCAGAUGGGACUCAGGUCGCUCUUCUUUUACAUCCAGGGGAUCAUGGAUGGCUCCAGAGAAAUGUCCCGGGCCAGGAAUGAGCUGCAGAGAACUCCCACCUUCAUGGACCUUUAUCAUGAGAUGGAGGCAAAGUUUGGGAAGCUACCUGGCCCAGAUGAACCCUUCAUUUAUGGUCACCCCAAGCUGCAGAAACUAGAGGACGUGGUGUUGCGACACUUCCGACUGUUGGCACAGUGCCCGUCAGACAAUAAUGGUUCAGAUGCACAGCAAGUGAGCACGCGGGUGAUGAUCUUUUCCUCAUUCCGUGACAGCGUGCAGGAGAUCGCCAUCAUGUUGGACCGCCACGGCCCGCUGAUCAGAGCCAUGACAUUCAUGGGGCAAGCGUCUGCGGGGAAAGGAGUCAAAGGUUUCACCCAGAAGGAGCAAUUGGAGGUUGUGAACAGGUUCCGUGAGGGCGGCUUCAACACACUGGUGUCGACCUGCGUUGGGGAGGAAGGGUUGGACAUCGGCGAGGUUGACCUCAUUGUCUGCUUUGACGUGCAGAAGAAUCCCAUCCGCCUCGUGCAGCGCAUGGGCCGCACUGGACGCAAGAGGCAAGGACGCAUUGUGGUCAUCCUGGCCGAGGGACGGGAAGAGAGGACUUACAACCAGAGCCAGAGCAACAAACGCAGCCUGUUGAAGUCCAUCAUGGGCAACAAAAGUGGCUUCCACAUGUAUCCUAACAGUCCCCGCAUGCUACCCGACUGUAUAACACCCACGCUGCAUAAGAUGCACAUCACCUGUGGCCAGUUUGACCACAGGGAAAGCAACAGACGGUCUUCAAGGGGUUGCCGGUCGCACACCCAGGGUCGGGUGUCACUCAUCCAUCCUCAAAACCUCAUUUGUCAGGAGGGUGCUGUGUCGGGAGGUUUUUUGAGCAGCACAGAGUAUUCUGUGUGGGCAUCCACCAUGAGGCUUGCGGAAGAUGAAACUCAACCAGUCUUGAGGCAGUCAUCACGCUUCAUGUCCCUACCACAUGAUGGAACAGCUCAGGAUGACGUUCCCAGAGGUGGAACGCCCGUCAGAGAGCUUUCUCUUUGGGAAUGGAGGCACUGGCAGCAUCGGAUGCUUCCGACCCAUGUCGUUGAUCACUCCCUGCGCUGCCACCAUUUCAUGAAGGUGAUGGAGCUCAUUGACGGCAUGCGGGAGGAACACGAGGAGGACUGUGCUUACGAGCGGGAACUAUCUCCAUAUCUCAACAAAGCUGAUGCCUGUGGCUAUUUAAAGACAAAGAAAAACACCUGCUCAAAAAGUGUCGCUCAAUCAGUGUCUGGGUUGGAACACCGAAGAAGUAAUGAGCAAGCAAAGAAUGCACAAGGAUUAUUUAUUAAACAGAAGCCUCAUGUAGCUCUCUCUGUUGAACCUCAGUUGAACAAUGACGAGCCUGUCAUUGUCAUUGAAGAUGUCCUAAAACUAGAUUCCCCCGACAAUGAGGAGGUGCAGAUCAGUAGGGACAAUGAAGAUGAUGUUGAAGUUCAGGCCAUGUUCUAUCUCCCCAAAUGGAAUUCCUGUCUCCCCACUUCUGGCAUCCCAGGAAGAGACAAGAACCUAAAAGCCAUCUUGGCCAAUGUGGUCGAGCUCCUGUCCCGAUCACCGCCGCCUCUCGCGGACUUAGACAUGUUCAUGGCUGACUCGACACGCCCUCCUCUUCCUGAUCCUUCUCAACCGUUCCACGUCAGCUUUACCUUGGAUGUAGAUGAUGAUGAUUAUAAUGAUGAUGAUGAAGUGAUAGUGAUUGAUUCUGAUAAUGGCUGUCCUGAGGCGAUCUUAAAUGUGUCUCCAGGAGAUAAGGAGGGAAUCCGUCAGGAACUGCAGUCAGUCAGUAGUCCAACCUGGGAUGAGGUCUUUGAGGAUAAAGGCGCAAAUAAAGAUAGUGAAGGUGAAAACCACGAGCAGAGUUUUGGUGAAAGAAAGGAAACAGUGGAAGAAAUGAAAACCAAUGCGCAAUCCGCAUGGGACGCCCACCAGAUUGACGACAGCAUGGACCUGUUUGGAGAUGACGAAGCCUUCCUGCAGCUCACCAUCCCGGAUGUCUGCACCCCGGAAGGUGAUGUCAAGCCCUGUACUUCUCCCAGUGUGGAGGACAUUACUAACAGAACCCUGGACAUGUUGGCUCACUUACAGACAUGUGACGCAGGAAUUAAAAACACAGCAGCAUCCCUUAAUAGUGAUACAAUGUCAAAGCAAAAAGGGAAUGGCUCUCCCACGGUGUCAAAAAGUGCAGAGUCGUUUGACAGCUUGGACUUUGCGGUCAAUUUCGACCUUGGCUAUUCCCUGGAGGACUCGGAACAGGAAGAAGACGCCGUGUCAUUGAACACCACCGUCCCGCGGCCUCAGAAGCAGGCAGCCUCGCCACGUGCAUCCAAUUCGUCUACGCCUUAUAGCUUUCACAGGCCCGCUGCACCUUCAUACGGUACCCAGUCCAAGUUCUCCACACCUCUGAGGCUCUCGGCGCGGAAGUCGAUUCAUCCCGCGUCACUGUUGACAUCGAAGGCGGGCCCGCUGCCUUCACCAGUGGCCUCACCGGGUUCUGACGGGGCCGCUGCCAUUCGCCUCGCACUCAGUACUCUGAAACGAAGACGACCAGAAGAUGCGCCAAAGUCAGUAGUGGAAACUCAGGACGAAUGUGCCAUUGUGUCCGAUUCUGACCUUUAUCAAGCGGCGUGCACCAUAGACAGCGAUGAUGAUGAUGUUGUCCAUAAGAGAAGACACGCAAACAAGUCCACGAUCCUCUCUGAUGCAGACUCGCCAAUUGUGAGGAGGAAACGCGUGACUGCACUUAACACGUCUGAAGAAACUGAAGCUGAUGAUGACGAUGAUUUCCAGACCGAGCGUGUGCUCGCAUGCAAAAGAACAAUACAACCAGUCCACCAAAUCAACACUAAGCGGACGAAAUGUCGAAAGGGCCGUCAGUUCCUGGACGAGGAAGCAAUGCUGUCGGAUGACGAGGAGGGUGCGGUGGUUUCGUCUGACGAAGAGGAUGGAGAAGAGCAGAACUGUUCUCUUGAUGGCUUCGUGGUGGACAAUGCACACCUGUCUCAGGGACUGAAUGAGUCUGAGAUGCAUGGGAUAUACUUGAAGUCUUUAAGAAGCCCGACUGUACCUGGAAGGUUUAAAAUGUCCUACAAAAACCUUCACAACGCUGAUAUCUUCUCCCAGGUGCCAGAGCAGGACGAAACCUACAAAGAGGACAGUUUUGUGGUGGGAAGCCAAGAGGUGGUGGAGGAGGAAAAGGAGGACGAGGAGAGCUCUGAGGAAGCCUUGGAGCUGAUGCCGGAGGACUUUUGCGUGGACGGGAGGAGGCAAUACGCCACACGACGGCGUGUCUUCUUGCACAAAGCCAGAGCAAAAACGGGCACUCUUGCAGGAUGUCACGCAAAGCUGAGGAACAAGCGUGGCCGUGUUCUCCGCUUGGUAGAUUCAAGCGAGGAUGAGGAGCAGGCAGAUGUUUCAGAACCCCCAAAGCCCGUCAAGUUUCUGCAGCAACAGAAAUCCUCCUCUUCCUCAUCUUACACCAUCACAUCCAAGGUGUCAUUGCUCAGCAGGAAAGUGAGGGAAGAACAACAACAAGAGAGGUGUCGCCAGAGGGUAGAAAAUCAACAUGCACUUUCUGACCAGCUGGACUUUGACACAUCAGAGUCAGAUGAUGUAUCUAAGAAACAGCCUCAGUUUUCCACCAUCCAGGAGCCUCCAUCCACUAUCCCAGAUCCUGUCGGAGCCGGCCCGUCCAUUACGGAGAGUCCGGUGUGCAUCCUGGUGGACAGUCGCUGCCUCGGCAGCGGCGUGGAACUUGUGACCAGCCUACGCCAGUGUCACGGCGCCAUCGUCCACGUGUGCUCGCUGGACGGCAGCUACUUCAUCGUCAGCGCCCGCAUGGCCGUGGAGAGGCACGCCCAGUCUGAUCUGGCGUCCCUCCAGAACCGCAAGCGGCUGGCGGAGAGAGUCAGCAGCUUGCAGGAGCGCUUCGAGCGCGUUUGUUUCAUUGUGGAGAAAGACAGAACCAAGCCAGGUGAUGCAUCCCGUCCCUUCCAGCGCACCCACUGCUAUGACAGUACCCUGGUGGCACUGGUGCGGACCGGCGUGCACCUGCUGUGGAGCGACUGCUCCGAGCAGAGCGCCGCCUUGCUGGUCGAGCUGGCGCGACUGGAACGGCGCAAGGGGCAAGCCUUCGCCCCGCCCUCCUCGGAACUGAGCGGCCAGCACGGGCAGCAGGCCCUUCAGCUCUACUUGAGCAUCCCUGCCGUCAACUACGUCCACGCGCUUAACAUGAGCCGCCACUUCGGAUCCGUCGCCCAGCUCAUCAACAGCUCAGUUGAAAGCUUGGCGCAUGGAGGCGGCAUGAGUAGAGCGAGGGCCGAGGAGCUCUAUCACUUCCUACGCUACAAUUGCGACGCCUCCCUCAUGGAAAACGCAGGAAAGUCGCGCGAGACGGUAACACACACACUCAGAGUCUAAUUGCUACUUUUUUUGUUAUGUUAGCACCACGAGCUUCAUCAGGAUAUGAGCUCAAACCAUUUGCACGACAAACUGAAGAACCUCAGUUUGCGUAGCUGUAUAAUAUGCAUACUAUUUAUUUUAUGGAGGUUUUUUUUUUAAUGUUGGAAGCACCUUGUGCUGUUAAGAAUUCAAGAUGUGGCACUGAAAUGUGAAUAUUUGUCAGAAAGAAAAUGAUCAUGUUUGCAGCCAUCAGAAUGUAAAUCCCAAUCAAUGUUAAAGAACAUUAAAAACUAUUAUUUGUGUAUGCAACUAUGA